CCAUUGGAUACCCCGCGAUAUCGGUCGGCAUGUCGGCGCUUGCCCCGCCAAAAAUUUCGCGCGCGUAGUGACUUUUUUUGUCCUCGUCCUGUUCUCCUUCAGCAAAGGAUUUUGUCCAGAUUCAAAUUUCUCGCUCGCUGGCAGCAUACACGUCCAUACACGCACAGCACCAUGCCGACGACUGUCAUCAAGGUGCCCUCAUCGUCGGCCAACAUUGGCCCGGGCUUUGACGUCAUUGGCCUGGCCCUGAACCUUUAUCUCGAGGUGCAGCUUACUGUGACCAAGCAAGCCUCAUCCUCAAACUCGCUGAACUGUCGCAUCACCUACGACGGCGUCAAUGCCUCGUCCGUCCCUCUUGUCGCCCAGGACAACCUCAUUACCCGUACCGCCCUCUACGUUCUCCGCUGCCAUGGCAUCCGCGCCUUUCCCUCCGAAACACACGUCCAUGUCAUCAAUCCUAUCCCACUUGGCCGCGGCCUGGGCUCGUCCGCUGCUGCUGUCGUCGCUGGUGUUCAGAUUGCCAAUGAAGUCGGCAAUCUUCAGCUAUCCAAAGCGCGCAUGCUCGACUACUGCCUCAUGGAAGAAAGACACCCGGACAAUGUCGCCGCCGCCCUCUACGGUGGCUUCGUCGGCACCUAUUUGAACGAACUCUCCCCAGAGGAUACCGAACGUCUAGAGAUUCCACUCAGUGAAGUUCUGCCUGAGCCUGCUGGCGGCGUGGAUACGGGAUUGCAGCCUCCACAACCUCCCCAGAACAUUGGGCAUUACACAAAGUUCAAUUGGUCACCUGAGAUCAAAUGCAUAUGCAUCAUACCACAGUUUGAGGUCUCUACGGCAAAAGCGAGAAGUGUGUUGCCAGACAACUAUUCGCGGAAGGACAUUAUCUUCAACAUGCAGAGGUUGGCCGUUUUGACAACUGCGUUGGGUCAGUCCCCUCCUGAUCCGGGCAUGAUAUACACAGCCAUGCAGGAUAAGAUUCACCAACCAUACCGUCGCGGCCUCAUUCCGGGCUUGACCGAAAUCCUACAGUCUGUAACUCCCCAAUCCCACCCAGGACUUCUCGGCAUCUGUCUAUCCGGCGCGGGACCCACGAUACUCGCUCUGGCUACCACAAACUUUGAUGCCAUUGCCGACCACCUCCUCGAAGAGUUCAAGAAAGAGGGCAUCACCUGCGAUUGGAAACUUUUGGAACUGGCAACAGAGGGUACGACGGUGUCACGCGCCCAACAACCUGCUUCGCAACUGGAAGAGUCCAUGACGUACGCCUCAUCGGGGGUCAGCAUCGAUGCUGGGAACGAUCUUGUCAAAGCGAUCAAGGCUUAUACUGCGGGGACUAGGCGGCCAGGUGCUGAUGGUAAAAUUGGAGGUUUUGGUGGGCUUCUCGAUCUGGAAGCCGCAGGUUACAAGGAGUCGCCGAUCCUGGUGGGUGCCAUUGAUGGCAUUGGCACAAAAGUCAAGAUCGCGUUCGAGAUGGACAAGCAUGACACGGUUGGCAUCGACCUGGUCGCCAUGAAUGUGAACGACCUUGUUGUGCAAGGCGCCGAGCCGCUCAUGUUCCUGGACUACUACGCGUGCAGCAAGCUCAGCGUCCAGAGCGCGGCCAAAUUCGUAGAAGGCGUAGCGAAUGGGUGUAAACAGUCAGGCGCAGCUCUUGUGGGCGGCGAGACUGCUGAGAUGCCCGGAAUCUACAAGGACGGCGAGUACGAUGCUGGAGGGUGCGCUAUUGGGGCCAUCAAAAGAGGUACUACCAUUCUACCAGACUUUUCUGCCAUGACCGAAGGCGAUGUCCUUCUCGGUCUUGCCUCAAGCGGGGUUCACUCCAACGGCUUUUCCUUGGUACGCAAGAUCAUCGAGAAGAAAGGACUCGGGUUCCACGACACGGCACCCUGGGACCAGAGCAAAACGGUGGGUGAGAACCUCCUGACGCCAACGCGCAUCUACGUGAAGCCGCUGUUAGCUGCAUCCCGGAAGGGACUCAUCAAGGGAAUGGCCCACAUCACUGGUGGCGGGCUUUCGGAAAAUAUCCCUCGCAUGUUGCCCGACACCCUUGCGGCGGAGUUGGACGCUAGAACAUGGCCUGUUCUAGACGUGUUCAAAUGGCUCAAGGAGGCCGGUCGUCUCGAAGACUCGGAGUUCUGCCGCACAUUCAAUACAGGCUUGGGUAUGGUUCUUGUGGUGAGCCAAGAGAAGGCACGACAGGCAACCGAGAUUCUACAAGAAUACGGCGAACAAGUGUACCGGGUGGGAUCCCUCGUGAAGAGAACCGACGAAGACUGCACGGUGCUGAACAUGGAUGCAUGGAGCUGA